CGCUCCCCCCCUUAAAUGAUAAAACACCCUUAAAUAACUUGUUGGCCCCUGAAGAAACGAAGGGAUUUUCCUUUUUUUGCAUUGCAGAUUUUGGUGGUUGACUAGGAAAAUUAUGAUAGCCUUGGAAAAGAGAGACAUUUCAUUUUAAGUUUUCUUCAUUACUGCUAAAUCUAUUUUUAUCCAUAAAAUGAUUAGAUUGUAUCUAUCAUCUUAAAGUUUUAAAUCUAUCUGAUGAUCUGUUUUCCCAGGCUUUAGCCUACUCAAUCAUUAUUAUUUGGGAUUGUAGGUUUCUAUUUAGCUUAGCUUUUUCAUUGUUGAUAUUUGCUAAGUUUUGUUUACUUUUUAUUAGUAAAUCCAUCAGACUGUAGGAUUAUUAAUAGUCUCUAACCAUAUUUUGAUUUUUUUCUUGUUUUUAGAAGUACUAUAUUUGCAUAGAAAAGUUUUAAGGUACAUUCUUUAAACCAUUUUCAGAAGGUAAGUAAUAGAGGUUUUUGUGUAUAUUUAGAAUUAGUUACCUUUUAGCCUAGAUAGUAGGAGAAAAUGGACUGCUGUUUUUACUUUUUCCUGUAGGACUACGUUUUUUUUUGUUUGUUUUAAUUUUUAAUAAAAACCUUUACCUUCCAUCUUGGAGUCAAUACUCUGUAUUGGCUCCAAGGCAGAAGAGUGGUAAGGGCUAGGAAAUGGGGGUCAAGUGAUUUGCCCAGGGUCACACAGCUGGGAAAUAUCCGAGGUCAAAUUUGAACCUAGGACCUCCCAUCUCUAGGCCUGGCUCUCAAUCCACUGAGCUACCCAGCUGCCCCCCCCCCCCCCCCCCAAGACUAAGGCUGCCACUGGGAAGAAAAGGUCUAAAAGACCCUACCAAGCAGGGAAUGUUUUACUACCUUUGCCUCCAGUUUUUGUGGUUAUCAUAUUAAGGAGAAAGUUAGCAAUAGAGUAGUUCAUUUUUCAGUUACAGCAUCUUCAGAGAUGACUAAGGGGGCUGGUAGGUAUGAACAGUGGAGUGGCUUGGACUCAAGAGAACUUGGGUUCAAAUAUGGCCUCCCCCAGCUGUGUGACCUUGGGCAAGUCACUUAUCCCUGAUUGCCUAGCCUUUGUUGCUUUUCUGUCUUAGAAUUGAUACUAAGACAGAAGGUAAAAGGUUUUUGUUGUUGUUUUUUUAAAGAGACAACUAAGGUUGAAAAAUUUGUAUACUCCGUUGAUGGAAUAUUCAACAAAACCAUAGCUCCUUAAAGUAUUAAGUAUAUGUUUGCAUUUAAUCCUUUGUUUUUAUACAUCAUCAGUAACUUUUUCAAGGUAUUGAGUUUGAAUUAUGUUCACCAGCUUAAUACAUCCUUAUUCCAUGUAGAUUUAUGCAUGAUGAAAUAUAUAAUUUUAAAAGUCAUUUAUUUUUAUUAUUUGUCUUAAGUUUUGCUUUAGCCAUAUUAAAGGAAAGUUUUGGAACAGACCACAUAAAUUGGGGGGGAGGUUAUAGGGAAGAAACUGCUCUUUUGUUUUCUUUUUAUUAGAAUAAGUUUUGCCUAGCUUUUUUCUUUCCAUAUUCAUAAAUCUCAACUAUUUAAUUUAGAAAAAAAGGAAUAGAAAAAUAAUUUGCUUGGAGAUUAUGCACUUUUGCUUUGCUUUGGGCUUGGACAUCAAGACUGUUGUAUGCUGGAAUAGAAUAUAAUGUUCUGUGUUCAGGAUUAUCACUCAUUUAACAUUAUUCAAGCAAUCCUGACUAUAUUAGGCUGAAAGAUAACUUUUUUUUAAUUUUUGAAAGUAUUGUACAAUGUUAUAACUUUUAAAUGUCAGAUUAUUAUUUUUCUUACAAAAAACCUCUCUUGGGCAUACAAAAGGAACUUCAUAAUGUAUUUAUCAAAUGAAUUGCCAGAACUGCAGUAAAUUUAUAGUUCUUUUUUUUGUUUGUUUGUUUCAGGUAUAAGAAAAGGAUAAGCCAAUAGCAAAAAGCUCCUAUCACAUUUUUUUUUUAUUAUCAACUGCUUAGAAAUUUAAAGAAGCUGAGGCUUGAAGACUUCUUUUUAGUUUCAGACAGGAUGGAUCCCAGCAGUGAUUACCAUUUCUUAAACCAGAUUUUGGGGAGAAGGGUGAAAAUCACUUUAGUCUGUGGCAUCUUCCAGGGAGUGCUUCAACAUGUGGACCCUAGCAAGAUUAUUGUUUUGAAAAAAGUCAAGAAUUUGGAGACUGGUCGAAGUGUCCCAGGAGUGAAGAUGUUUUUUGGCCAUGAGAUUGUGAAUGUGGAACUGCUGGAUGAUAUGGAGCAAGGAAUAGGAGAAAAGCCACCUUCUGUCAGGGAUUGCCUAAAUACAGAAGGAACAAGGAUGGACAAAGUGAAAGAAGCAGACCAGAGUAUAAAUGAUUCAGCUUCUUCUUCCCUUGAGUCACAUACUAUCACCUUGCUGAAUGACUUAAAAUACAGUCCAUCAGAAGAAGAAGAUGUGAUGUACACAGUAGUUAAUCAGUUCCAACAAAAGUUUGGUUCUGCUAUGCUACAUAUCAAGAAACAGAGUGUCCUGAGUGUUGCAGCUGAAGGAGUUAAUUUAUGUCGUCAUGGCAAACUCUGUUGGCUGCAGGUGGCAACAAGUAGUCGGGUUUACUUAUUUGACAUUUUUCUUCUGGGAAGUCGAGCUUUCAAUAAUGGACUUCAGAUGGUGUUAGAAGAUAGAAAGAUUUUGAAGGUCAUUCAUGAUUGUCGUUGGCUCUCUGACUGCCUUUCUCACCAAUAUGGAAUUGUUCUUUCAAAUGUCUUUGACACCCAGGUGGCUGAUGUCCUUCAGUUUUCCAUGGAAACAGGUGGCUUUCUUCCACAUUGCAUCAGCACCUUGCAGGAGAGUUUAAUUCGACACCUUAAAAUGUCCCCUAAAUGUGUCUCUUUCCUGGAUGACAAGCAAAAGAUGGUUCAGGAGAAUCCUGAAAUAUGGUUUGUCCGACCUCUUCCACCUUCCUUGCUGAAAGUGCUAGCCCUGGAGACGACAUAUUUGCUGCCCCUUCGCUUGUUACUUCUGGAUGAGAUGAUGUCUGACCUGACUACCCUGGUGGAUGCAUACUUAAAUACCUACCGGGAAGGGUCUGGAGAUCUGUUAGGAGGCACAGAGCCAUCGUGCAUGGAGCUGCCAGAAGAGUUGCGCCAGCUGAUGGACUUCCAGAGACUUCGAAGAGAACGGGCCAUGAAAGAUUACAAGACAAAUGCAGAGGGGCUCCUAGUUAGAUCCCAGCUUAUCUAUCCCAAGGAAAAGACAGUGGAGGAGGAAGGGAAGCCAAAGAGCUCUAGAGGUUCUUUGCCUUUUGAAGGAGCCAUGCUUCCCAAAGCUUUGGAUUUAGGCUAUCUCAAACCACAGCAGGCUCAGGAAGAUAGGUCUUUGCAGAAACAAGAAACAAAAUAUGACAGUAAACAGGUGAGAAUAAAACAUCAACAUUCAUCUUCCUCAGAGGAGCCGGAAACGGGUGACUCUGCUGCAAAGGCUGGCCCCAGUUGUUUUGGCCUGAAGGGGUCAAAGGAUGUCAAAGGAAACCGGAAGGAACAAACUGAUACACCAAAACAGACUCAAUCCAGCUUGUCCUUGCAAGAGAAAAUUGAGCUGCUAUUGAUGGGGGGGAAAGAAGAUGAUUGAGAAUGUAAAAAACAAAAUGACUAUAUCUUUCACUUUUGUAGGAUACUGAUCCUUCCAAGAGCUUUAAAGAGAUCUAUAGUUUCCUGAUCAUCUUCUUGUCUCACUUUAGAGAAGCCUGACUCCUAGAUAAAUCCAUGUAUGAAACCUUCUAGUAAGUGGCUGCUCUACAAACCUGGAAACUGGCUCAGCAAUGGUCUGGGGUUAGUUUUUCUACUAGCCAAAGUUACCAUCUUCCUAGUUUUGCAAAUGAAGGAAGACUUUCUUUUCCCCAGUAUAUGUAAUUUCCAGUUCUUAUGUGAUAUUUUUCUCUCUUCACACUUCCUUGCUUCCUACUCCUUAAUUUUUGUUUGCUUGUUUGUUUUUGAUGAGGGUGGCAUGUUAAAUAAUGGAAAGGCAAAUACAUAUCCAUAUAUAUCAUUACAUGGCAAGGUUCCCAGUGACAGGAAUAAUUAUUUCUUAUUUCAUACAAAAAUGUUUGGAGAGAGAAAAUUCUUUUUAUUAUCAGAACAUUGUCUCUAUCCUUGUGGUAGGUUUGGUUUAGUUUUGAGAAAGGUGGUGAAUUUUCAUUUUAGUCACAUUCACUUCCUAGAACACUUUGAUAUUGGCAUAUUGUAACCUUUAUCAUUUUUAACCUGGUUUUUCUACUUUGUUUUGAAUGUCUUAUCUUUUUUUGUGCCAUAAACAAGUGUUAGUGAAUUAGAUUUCAAGUUUUUUUCCUGCCAAGGAAAUUCUUUUAGUUUUUUUGUACUUGAUUCAUUUAUCCCUGUUCUUGAAGGAAUACACUCUGUCAACAGCUUAGCAGAAGGAUUUGACUUCUUGUUUUUGUUAUAUAAAUCUACAGGGUGGUUUUUCCUUCAGAUCCUUAGGUAAAGUCCUCAUGCUUGGACUCUGGUCCUUCCUUACGAGCUGAGCAUUUGCUUAUUGGGUCUGAAGUUUGGCAUUAAAUUUUUUUUUCAAGAUUUUGUUUAUUAAAGAUUAAUAAGCUUAUUUUAGUACUUGAUGUUCUCAAAAAAUUUGCUGAGGGGAUCAGGAUUUGAUUUUUAUGAAAUAAUACAGCCAGGUAUAUUUAGAGCAUGGUAUUUUGAAAAGUAUUUUGUGUAUCUCAUAUCCACUCCAGUGAUUGGAGCAGAAGGCAUAGUUAGGGCACUUGCCAGUGGCUUUUGAAGAAGCCUGAGAAGAUCAAGGACAAUUUAGUCACUCUAGUAAAUAAUUCCAAAUUGAUUGUCAGAAUGAUCAGACCGAUUCACAACCCACCCAUGGAGCAUCCUUGUGCCUUUCUUUCAACAAGUGCUACAAUAGUGAUUAUUCCUAGUUUUUUGUUAUCUUUGCCAGUUUGUUUCCUGUGAAGUAAAACUUCACAGUUGUUUUGGUUAACAUUUGUUACUAGUGAUUUGGAGCAUUUCAUAUGGUUGUUCCUAGUUUACAUUUCUUAUUUUGAGGACUGUUAAUUUUUAUCCUGUUUUUAGUUUUGGGGAAAUGGAAUAUUUCAUUCUUUUGGGGGGUAUUUUAUGCAAAGACUUUUUUCCCCAGUCCAUCUGAUUUUCUUCUUGUACUCUUCUUAUAACCUCCUAAUUUGUAUCCUUAGUUUUGUUAUUACAAAAGUCUUUUUAGUUUUACAUAAUCUCUUUUUAUAAUUCUUUUAUGACAAAAGAGAUGACUUUUCUGGAAGAGAAAGGGAAUAGAAAUGCAAAGGAAAAAAGUAGAUGGUAUAAAUAAAAAGAUAUAUAAAAACAAUUCAAAAAUAGAUACAUGUAGGAUACAACCAAAGAAAUUUAGUAUAGGUCAGUUUAGAGGUGAUAGGAAUUGGAACACUGAUAAGGGAAGUAGAAGAGGGGACAAAUGGAUGAUGUUACAGAUGUAUCACUGACAAGGCUUUACAAUUGAAUGGAUGUGUAGAAUGUAUGUAAUACAACAAAUAAAAGAACUGUCCUUUAUUCAAGUCAGUAAGUUUAUUAAAUCCCUACUACAUGCUAGACAACCUGUCCUGGGGAUAUAAAUAAAAACAAAACAAUCUCUGCCUUUGGGAAGUUUAUAUUCUACUGGGAGGCAGGGGGAGGUAUUACAACAUAUACAAAUAAAUAUAUACUUUGCACAAAGUAUUUAACAUUGAGGCAAGGCCUAAUGGCUGGAGGAUGGGGAAAGGUCAGAAAAGCCUGAGUUUCCAGGGUAGGAUGAAGAGAAGAGCAGUCCCAGGCCUGAGGAGCAGCCCGUGCAAACAGAGAGAGGCGGCCUGUGGUCUUGUUCAGGGAAUAACAAGGAGGCUGGCAGUGUGAAAGCUUGGAAUGUUGGUCAGAAAUAUUUAGAGUUUUUAGUGAUUGAGAGUCUGGUUUUUUUUUUUUAAUCAUAGAGACAAUAAGAGUCUUUUAAAAGAAAAUUAUGUGAUCCUGAUUCAAUGGGGAUAUGAUUGGUGAUGUAGACUCUAAAUGAUCACUAGUUCAAAUAUCAAUAAUAUGGAAGUAGGUCUUGAUCAAUGAUACAUGUAAAACCCAGUGGGAUUACUCAUUGCGUAUGGGAGGGGAAGAACACAAAUCAUGUAACCAUGGAAAAAUAUUCUAAAUUAAAUAAAAUUUUAAAAAAUAAAGAGAAAAAAGAAAA